AUGCAUAAAAAGUGGACGGGCAGCCAGGAGCAGGAGCUCCCUGAAGAUUUCUAUAUUCCCAUUCCUCUUGAAACCAGCAAUAUCACAUUACUAAGCCCUUUCCUUGUACCACAGGUCCACUUGGCCAGCUCAGGAGUUUUCAUGAGUAUGGCAGCAUUUAUGUUCUUUUUGGUCAUUACUGGACUACCCAUCAACCUGCUCACUGUAGUCUGUACUUUCAAGUACAAGAAGCUCCGAUCACACCUCAACUACAUCCUGGUCAACUUAGCAGUGGCAAACUUGCUGGUGGUCUCUGUGGGUUCCACCACUGCCUUCUACAGUUUCUUCAGAAUGUUCUUCAGCUUGGGGGCCACAGCAUGCAAAAUUGAAGGCUUUGUGGCCACAGUGGGAGGAAUGGUGAGCCUCUGGUCUCUGGCUGUGAUUGCAUUUGAACGAUUCUUGGUGAUAUGCAAACCUGUGGGCAACUUCACCUUUAAAAGCUCGCAUGCCAUCAUGGGUUGUGUGUUCACCUGGAUUAUGGCGCUGAUUGCCUCUGCACCUCCCCUGUUCGGCUGGAGCCGGUACAUCCCAGAAGGCUUGCAGUGCUCCUGUGGUCCAGACUGGUACACAACCAACAACAAAUACAAUAAUGAAUCCUAUGUUAUGUUCCUAUUUUGUUUUUGUUUUGGGGUGCCUCUCACAACUAUUGUGUUCUGCUACACCAAACUGCUCCUCACCCUCCGAUCGGUGGCAAAGUCACAGGAGCAGUCUGCCACCACUCAGAAGGCUGAACGCGAGGUGACAAAAAUGGUCGUUGUGAUGGUUCUGGGCUUUCUGGUGUGCUGGCUACCUUAUGCUUCGUUCUCACUCUGGGUGGUCUUUCACCGCGGGGAAAAAAUUGAUCUCAGGGUGGCCAGUGUUCCCUCUAUCUUCUCUAAAGCCUCCACAGUCUACAACCCCAUUAUCUACGUUUUCAUGAACAAGCAGUUCCGCUCUUGCAUGAUGAAGCUGAUUUUCUGUGGAAAGAGCCCUUUCGGGGAUGAAGACGACACCUCGUCACAAGUCACUCAGGUCUCUUCUGUCUCCACAAGUCAAGUCGCACCAGCAUAG